AUGACAGCUGGUCCGCUCCCUUCAUAUGCUGCAACAACAAUCKGCAGAGCAAKUUACAAGCUGAACGAAASAGAGAAGGAAAGAAUUUCUAAGUUGUUAGAAAUUGCAUAUGUUGUUGCAAAAGAAGAACUUCCAUUUACAAAGUAUGUUCAAAUUGCUAAAUUGGAGAAAAAACAUGGAGUUGAUUUGGGAGUUACCUACCUGAACGAUCAUGCAUGUGCAGAAUUUAUUGACUCCAUUGCAGAAGUGUAUGAAGAAGAGUUAAAUCAGUUGCUGCAAAAGAAAGUCCACUACAUUUCAAUUUUGGUUGAUGGCAGCACAGAUUCAAGUAACACAGAGAAAGAACUGAUUUACAUUCUAUAUCUGGAUCCUGUGCAAGGAAAACCAAAGAUCAGAUUUUUUUCACUUAAAAAGGUUGACCAUGCUACAUCUGAAGGAUUGCUUGAAACAAUAAGAAAUGCACUAAAAGAUCAUGGUAUACCUUCACUAAAGGAACACAUUGUGGGACUUGGGGCUGAUGGAGCAUCAAUCWACUCUGGAUUAAGGGGAGGACUUGCCACUCUUAUGAAAAAUGAGGGCAUUGAUUGGCUAGUCCCAGUUCACUGUGUGAGUCAUAAACUUGAGCUGGCCAUAGCGGAUGCUCUGAAGCCAACAACAGUGUUUUCUGACAUUAAUGAUAUGAUUGUUAAAGUGUACUACUUAUACAAAAACAGCCCAAAGAAGAUGAGACAGCUCAAAGGGUUAGGAGAAGCUUUGGAAAUGUCAGUAUCUCCACCACUCAAAGCCCAGGGUACUAGGUGGCUGGAACAUAAAAUACGAGCAUUAAGUUGGAUAAGUAAGAACUAUGGCCUUCUCAUUACUCACCUCAGCCAUAUGAGUGAAGAUACCACAUACAAAAGCACAGACAGGGCAAAGUUCAAGGGAAUGUAUGAUAAAUACAGGAAUGCCAAGUUUCCAUUGUAUGUGGAAUAUUUUUUAGAGGUGUUAACACCAGCAGCUGAGCUCAGUCUCCAUUUUCAGCAUGAAACUAUAGAUGUUGUUGGUGCAAUCCAAGGGCUCAAGCACUUUUUCAGGAUCAUGAAAAAAGUUAAGAGCGACUGUCCACUAAUAUCGAGCCAAAUCAAGAAUCGGCGGCAACAGUGA